UACCUCUGAUUUCUUAAUCUGAGAGUCUGAUACAUUCAAAGCGACCCCCACUGACUGAAAUUGAAUGGACACCAGGUAUUAUAGAGAUCAAAACACUUAACAAAAAAUGAGCCAACGUCGGUUCGACAACACUUUGAUUAGAAGCUGAUAAUAAAAGGAUAAAGAAAGCUCGGAAAAAGAUGCAAGACACUGGGAGCUCCCACCUUGUACUAAGAAGAUGACAUGUAAAGGCCGCCAGAAGAAUCAGAACAAAACAGAAGUUGCACAAAGUUACAAUGAUGAUAAGUAUCCAGCGCCAGCUGCUUAACCACCAAAAAUGGGUUCUGGGAGCCCCCACAGACACCACAAUUCAACAAUAAGAAGACAGCCACCACCAUCUCCUCCUCUGCUGCCAGCAACUUCAACAUGAGACCCAUCGGCGAAAACAAAGGCAAAGCAGCCGCCAUUGGCCAGUAUAUUGCAGAUGCAGGGAUUCUUGCCGAGUUUGAGCAGUCUGGGGACUCUGGUAAGCCUUUUGACUACUCAAGAUCGGUUUUUUAUUCUUCACAAACUGUACCUGAAGAGCAAAUCACUGCUUAUCUUUCAAAAAUUCAAAGGGGUGGCUUAAUUCAGUCCUUUGGUUGUAUGAUUGCAAUCGAAGAACCAACUUUUAAGGUAAUUGCUUACAGUGAGAACUGCUCUGAAUUGCUGGGUUUUGAGCCUAAAGAGUUUAAGGGUCUUAUUGGAAUUGAUGCUAGAACCCUUUUUACACCUUCUUCUGGGGCUUCGUUAACGCAAGCUGCUGCUUCUAGGGAGGUUUCUUUGUUAAACCCAAUUUGUGUCUAUUCCAGGAGCAGACAGAAGCCAUUUUAUGCUAUCCUACAUAGGAUUGAUAUGGGAAUUGUGAUUGAUGUGGAGCCUGCCCCAUCUGGUGAUCCUGCAUUGUCACAUGCUGAUGCUGUGCAGUCUCAGAAACUUGCUGUUAGGGCAAUUUCUAGGCUGCAGUCACUCCCUGGGGGUGACAUAGAUGUGUUGUGUGAUAAAGUUGUGGAGGAAGUUCAAGAACUUACUGGGUAUGAUAGGGUUAUGAUGUAUAAGUUCCAUGAUGAUGAGCAUGGUGAAGUUGUGUCAGAAAUUAGAAGGCUUGAUCUAGAACCUUACUUGGGGUUACAUUAUCCUGCAACAGACAUCCCUCAAGCUGCGCGUUUCUUGUUCAAGCAGAAUCGUGUCCGCAUGAUAUGUGAUUGCCAUGGAAAUGCAGUUAGAGUUAUCCAAAAUGAGGAAUUGAAGCAACCACUUUGUUUGGUCAAUUCAACCCUACGGGCGCCCCAUGGAUGCCACACACAGUACAUGGCAAAUAUGGGCUCUAUUGCUUCAUUGGUGAUGGCAGUUAUUAUAAACGGCCAUGGGUCAUCAAAGCUUUGGGGUUUGGUAGUAUGCCACCACACAUCUCGGCGAUAUGUCCCCUUCCCCCUUCGCUAUGCUUGUGAAUUUCUCAUGCAGGCUUUUGGUUUGCAGCUUUACAUGGAGCUCCAAUUGGCCUCACAGCUGAUGGAGAAGAAAAUCCUCAGGACACAAACUUUAUUGUGUGACCUGCUUCUACGAGAUGCCCCAUUUGGUAUUGUUACUCAGUCCCCUAGCAUUAUGGAUCUUGUGAAGUGUGAUGGGGCCGCACUCUACUAUGGUGGGAGUUGUUGGCUGCUGGGCAUUACCCCAACUGAGACACAGGUUAAGGAUAUUACAGAAUGGCUGCUUGCUAAUCAUGGGGACUCCACAGGUUUGAGUACUGAUAGUUUGGCAGAUGCUGGUUACCCAGGUGCCACUCUACUAGGUGAUGCAGUUUGUGGUAUGGCUACUGCUAGAAUCACUUCAAAGGAUUUCUUGUUCUGGUUCAGAUCUCACACUGCAAAAGAGGUCAAAUGGGGAGGGGCUAAGGAUCAUCCUGAGGACAAGGAUGAUGCUGGAAGAAUGCACCCUAGAUCAUCAUUCAAGGCUUUUCUUGAAGUGGUUAAGAGUAGAAGUUUGGCUUGGGAGAUCUCAGAAAUUAAUGCGAUUCACUCUUUGCAGGUUAUAAUGAGAGAUUCAUUUCAGGAAAUGGAGGACAGUGGUUCCAGAAUAAUGGAUUAUUCUCAGAAAAAUGCUUUAGAGAUGCAGAAAGUUACUUAUCUCAGUUCAGUGGCAUGUGAAAUGGUUAAACUGAUCGAGACUGCAACUGUUCCAAUUUUUGGGGUUGAUUUGUAUGGUCUUAUCAAUGGAUGGAAUGCCAAAGUUGAAGAACUGACGGGACUGCAAGCUAGUGAAGCAAUGGGGAAGUGCCUGGUCAAGGAAAUUGUUCAUGAGGACUCACGCAAUGCCAUUGAAAAUCUUGUAUCCAGAGCUUCUCAAGGGGAGGAGGACAAAAGUAUCGAGCUUAAGCUGAGAAAUUUCUCGCCUCACCUGCAAGACUCGGUUGUAUAUAUUCUAGUGAAUGCCUGCACUAGUAGGGACUGUGAAAACAAUGUUAUUGGGGUUUGCUUUGUGGGUCAGGACAUCACAUCUGAGAAAGUUGUUGCGGAUAAGUUUAUCCACUUGCAAGGGGAUUACAAAGCUAUUAUACAGAGUCUUAGUCCAUUAAUUCCACCAAUAUUUGCUUCUGAUGAGAAUGCCUGCUGUUCUGAAUGGAAUGUGGCAAUUGAAAAGAUCACAGGUUGGACAAGAGAGGAGGUGAUAGGCAAAACACUUCCUGGGGAAAUUUUUGGAGGUUUAUGUCGUUUGAAAGGUCGAGACACCCUAACAAAAUUUAUGAUUCUUUUAUACGGAGGAAUUAGCGGUCAAGAUACUGAGAAGUUUCCGUUUGGCUUUUUUGAUAGAAACGGUUGUUAUUUGGAGGUGUUCUUAACUACAAGCAAAAGGACUGAUGUGAAGGGCAAUGUCAUUGGGUGUUUCUGCUUCUUGCAAAUUGUUGGGCCUGAUAUGCAGCAGACCUUAGAAGGACAGAGGCUAGACGACAGAGACUAUCUUUCAAAAAUUAAGGAGUUGGCUUACAUUCGACAAGAGAUGAAAAAUCCUUUGAAUGGUCUUCGGUUUACUCGUGAGCUCUUAGAAACUAGAGCUGUAUCAGACAAUCAGAAGCAGUUUCUAGAGACUAGUCAUGCAUGUGAAAGACAGAUCAUGACAAUUAUCGAGGAGCUAGAUUUAGGAAGAAUAGAGGAAGGCAAUUGGGAUCUUAACAUGGGUGAAUUUUGCAUGGGAAAUAUCUUGGAUGCUAUUGUCAGUCAAGUCAUGAUCUUGAUGAGGGAAAAGAACUUACAGCUUUAUCAUGAGAUCCCAGGGGAAAUCAAAAUGCUAUCUUUAUAUGGUGAUCAAAUUAAGCUUCAGCUAAUAUUGUCAGAUUUCUUGCUUAACAUAGUGGAUCAUGCACCUUCUCCCGGUGGCUGGGUUGAAAUCAAGAUUUCACCGGGUCUGAAGCUGAUACAGGAUGGGAAUGAAUUCAUUUGCUUGCAGUUCAGAAUGACUCACCCUGGUCAAGGCAUUCCUUCAGCUGUUAUCCAAGAAAUGCUCGAAGGAGGAAACCAAUGGACUACACAGGAAGGACUAGGGCUAAGCCUAUCCCGCAAACUGUUGAAUAGGAUGAAUGGCCAUGUACACUAUGUAAGAGAGCAGAGUAAAUGUUACUUUCAAGUUGACCUUCAACUCAAAAUGAGGAAAGGAAGUAAAAAGGUCCUACAAGAAGAUCCAAGCAGAAUGACCUAAUUUUUUUUUUCCUGGAACUCUCUUCUGGUGCAUUCACUGUGGUUGAUUUUGUCAAAGCACAGAAGACUCUGUAUCUGGAGCUCAUAAGCAAAUCCUGCUGUUUGAUGUGGGGCACGGCAAGUCUUUGGUUUAUCGUUACAAUGGCCAAUUCUUAUGGUUGUGCAAUAGGUGUGCAUAUGUAUAAUAUUGGCAUAUACAUAUAUGAAUGUUUUAUAUCACAUUUAUUCUUCAAGUAUAGAAGAAGAAGGAUAUUCAGUGGCGUA